CUUUAGGGGAAUGGGUGGAAUUUAACGAGGCAAUGUUUUUCUCAGCACUGGAGGUAAAAAAGCCAUCGGACGAGAGUUGCUGUAACAAGCCUUGUCAAGCGACGACGAAAAUGGUGACACGACAAGCGGAAACUUAGCAGAAGAACUGAGCAUUCUUGAUGACUUUCGAGCCUCGGAGUUGGCGCUUAUGUUCAUGGGGUCGUCGGGUCGGAGUUUGAGGUCUGCUGUGCUGUCCGUGGAUUAACGCAAGACUCCAUUCCGCUGUCAUCUAGCGUUUAAAGUGUGGAUUUGUGGAAACAAGUGUGAACAGUUGCGCGCGCGUGUGUGUGGAAAAACGCAGUUCCCUCCCCCCCCUUGGAGAAAGUCGACCCUCGGAGUGAGUCCCGGAUAAGCUCGGCGGACACUUGUUGAAAUCCAACUUAGCGAGAAAAGCUCCAUUGCUCGGGAGCUAACGCUGUUAGCAAGAUUUCGGCUAACGGAGCAUAUACUUUGUAGAGUAUUUCAAGCUAAACCCCUUAAGUACGACUCGCUCUUAUUUAGUAACCGUUUACCGAAUUACAGUGUCGACGAGUCGGCAAUGUGAUUAUUUUUUUUUGGUGUGUGUGAAAAUGUUACAGGUGGAUGUGACAGCACAGUCCGUUUAGCUAGGCUAGCUACUUGCUACUCCGUUCCUGUUCAUGUUAUCUCGUGCUAGCUUUGACAGCUAAAGUCAAAACAGUUUAUCAAUAUCAACUCAAGUUGCAUUAUUAACUUCAUUUAAAGUCUUGCGAGCAACGGGGCCAAUAAUCGUAGUUAACUCAGUUGUGACAACUUUUUUUUUUUUUAUAUAUAUCAAGUUCUGGUAUAUAUUGACUUUUUUUUUUUUAAAUGUGAAAUCUUAAAAGAUAGAACGUUGAUUCAACUUUUCCCAAAGUCGCUGAAGUGCUUGUAUAGUGGAGGGGGCCACCAUGUCCGGAUCCCCGGGCACAGGGGGAUCGAACCCCCGGAAGUUCAGUGAGAAGAUAGCGCUGCACAACCAGAAGCAAGCAGAAGAGACGCGGGCCUUCGAACAGCUGAUGACAGACCUCACUGUCUCAAGGGUGCAGUUCCAGAAGAUCCAACAGCUUCGUUUAUCUCAACCACGACCACAGUACUAUGGAGGGUCUUUGCCCAACGUUAAUCAGAUUGGCAACACCAACACCGAAUUUCAGGGCGGCUUUCCAUCAGGGUUGGAUUCCGUCAGAGGUACUCGCCACCAUGGGCUGGUUGAGAGAGUCCACAGGGAACGCAACCGCAUCAACUCUCCCCAUCGCAGACCCAUUGACAAGCAUGGGCGGCAGAUAGAGAGUUCUCCGUAUGGAACAGUAUACCUCUCCCCACCUCCGGACAACAGUUGGAGAAGGGAUCAGCCCCCGUGGAAUGAGGAAAAACGACCAGGGUUUAGAUUAAUAUCACAACUCAACAGAACCAACUCAGACUCUGCUCUUCAUACAAGUGCUAUGAACCCAAACCCACAGGACCCCUUCAGCAUGAACAAGCAGAUGGGCCGAGGUCCCCCUCAGCGUAAUGGCUGGCAUGCAGCUAGUUUAAAUGAGGCACAGGUGGAUGGGUCUGCAGAUGUAUUUUCUUUCCCCACGCUACCAAAUGAGGAGAGUCUCAUUGGUGUCAGUAAGCCACUCCCCAAGCAACUGUGGGAAGCCAAGAAGGCCCAGUCUCUUGUAUCAAGGCCUAAAUCAUGUGAAGUGCCCGGUAUCAAUAUUUUUCCAUCUCCAGAGCAAAACCCUGGUCUUUCCCACUAUCAAGGCUCAUUAAAUACAGGCGGCUCCCUACCCGAUCUCAGCAACCUGCACUUUCCCUCCCCGCUCUCCACUCCGCUGGACCCUGAAGACAGCGGAGGAUACCCUAAUCUCAGUGGAGGUAGCAGCACCGGGAAUCUGCCGGCAGCCAUGAUGCACCUUGGCAUUAGCAACUCACAGGGCCUCUCCUCUUCUCUGAGUAAUCCCGCAAUUCAAGCGUCCCUCAACAACUGCCAGCUUCAGGCUUCUCUCAGCAAUCCCUCCAUCAACUCUUCUCUGCGACUUUCUGGUAACUCCCCUCGACGAAGGCCCGCCCCCAUCAGCCCCCUCACCCUGUCUCCUGGUGCCGAGCAACGGAGGGGUCUGCCAAAGCAGUUGUCUCCCACUAUGUCCCCAUCACUGUCCCCCAUCACACAGGGAGUUGCUUUAGACACCAGCAGCAUGCCAAGGGAGCCACCCCCUCCCUACCCACUCUACCAGCAAUCCCAAAAUGCAGUGGACCAGACCCGACACUUGCAGCAGCAACACCAUCAUCAACAGCAACCCGUUUCCCCUCUGCAGAGCGUCCCACUGGACUUUAAUCCAAGUCAACACAACAACAUGGCAGCACUCUUUGGUGACUCCUUCAUGGAGCAACAGUUAUCCAGUCGCCCAAGCAAAACUCUUCCAUACCAGAUGGACCAGUUCAGUCUGUUGGAAAACGCAAUGAGUUCCACAGCAGGUACAUCCUGCUUCGACCCUUCCUCGCCCUCACUGUACUCCUCCCAGGCAGGCCUUGCAGGGCUUGGGGGCAGCCAUGGUAACCUGCAUGACCCCAUGCACAUGAGCUCUAACAUGUUGUACUCCAACUGCAGUGGACGGCUGCCCAACAUCAUACUCACUGAUGACUCCCAUCCCAGUCUGUCAAAAGACAUCAGCAGUGUGCUGUCCACGGUGCCCGAGUGUUUCGACUCAGAAGGAGGCUUCCCACUGGAAGACGAGCUGCACAUCGAGCCCCUCAGCCUGGACGGUCUGAGCAUGCUCAGCGAUCCCGACAUGGUGCUGCCGGACCCAUCUGUGGAGGAUACUUUCCGCAGUGACAGACUCUGAGUGCGACGUGUCCCGUCCCCUCCCUUCCUACACAAACACACAUUUGCAGCGUAGAGUGCAUGAAUGUGAAUAUGCAUGCAUUGAGCGGGGCCGCUGUGCAUGCAUUGACUGCCACUAAGCAUCGUAAAACAUGAAAUAGUUGGAUGCCGUGCACACAAAUCUACACUUUCCAAGAAGUUGGAUGGUAAAGAAACAGUUUACAACCGCCCCAUCCAACACUUGCUUAGGCUCACAUUUGCCAUGCACUAGUGGUGGUAUAAAACCAACUGUCGUCCUUCAGGCUGCCUCUCCCGCUUGAAUCGGGAGUUAAUCUAUCGAGGAGUCGAGGCUGUCCGGCAUCCUUUAAAAAAAAAAAAAAAAGUCACCUUCUUUCGUAGCCAUGGCAACAUUAUCGCCAUGGUUACAUACCAUAGCAACCCCAUUGCUGUGCUGAAGAGUAGCAGAGAUGCCAACGCACAGUUGACUUUUCUCACAGCUCCCGUAAACGAGUGAGGCGCUCUGCUGGAGCCGGGUCAUGUGACACGGGUGGAAACAAUCAUGUACAAGAAAAGUCUUAUCAAAUUUAUUUUUGAGGCCACAGAUAUUUAUAAAUAUAUAUAUUAAUAUAAGUCAUUUUUAGUAUGAUGAGAACAUACUAGACAACAAAAAGGGCAAACUGUUUCAAAAGAAAUGAAGCGUGUGUUACUGAAAGACUAAAAUUGUAAGGCGUGCUGCAUAAAGACUAGAGAUAUUCCCUCAGCAGGGGCGGUGUAUGCAUCCAUUUUAGAAUAUGAUUUUUUUUUUUUUUUUUUUACAUUAGUGUAUGUUGUAUUUGAAGUUUUGUAUGGCGCUUGCACUGUACCUUCAUGUGUGUGCUAAAAGGGCAUGGGGCUGUAUACCACUGUGGAUCAGCCGUGUUUGCAGUACGGUGGCUGAAAAGUGCAGAUGCCUCCCGUGGACAUGGGACACCAUGUAACAUUGCACUUAAUACCUUUUGCACUAUUUGGUUCUACCAGAAUAUUUUUUUUUUACAUGACAACCCAAAGAAUGAAGACUUUAUUCAAAGUGAAGAGGAUAGAUAUUUAGUACCUUGGCCAUAUGUUUUUUGAACCGAUAUUGGGAAAUAUGCCAUUCUGGGCAUUGAGUGCCCCCUGUUGUCUGGGAAUGAUGAUUGAUUUUUUUUAUGUGGUUAAUUCAAGGAUGAUAGAGCAUUGCUCCGCUUGGCUCGUUCAGCUAUGCAGCUUCCCCCCCACCUGUUGAACAGGUGUGCCAUAUACACUAUGCAGUGUAGCAAAACCAUGCAGGUUCCUCAUAUGGAAGGAUCCAACAAUAUUACAUGUGUCCGGUGUCCACAGUGCUUGUUAUACUUCAGUCUGUCAAUGGGAGAACUACAUCAUCGAUAUCAGGAGUGUCCAGAGUGCGGCCCGCAGAUCAUUCUAAUGAUGCAAGUAAACAUCCAUCCAUUUUCUAUGCCUUGUAUCUUAAUUAGGUUUGCGGGGGUAUGCUGGAGCCUAUCCCAGCUGACUUCGGGCGAGAGGCGGGGUACACCCAGCACUGGUUGCCAGCCAAUCGCAGAGCACAUAUAGACAAUCAUUCACGCUCACAUUCAUACCUAUGGACAAUUUCGACUCGCUAAUUACCCUAACAUGCAUGUUUUUGGAAUGUUGGAGGAAACGGGAGUACCCGGAGAAAACCCACGCAAAAAUGUUCAUUCUUAACACAAACGUACAGAAGGUCAUCAAGCCGCCGUCAUUCACAGUGCGACGAAAAAUAAUCCUCUCAGAAAUGUGGAACUGCACCACACAGACUAUGCGGGUAUCGCAAGCUUGCACUAAUAUACCUGUACAUGCAAAGACAAUUUUAUACUUCUUUGCUGUAACCCACAAGACAUGCUGGGUAACUUUCUGUGUGUGCAGGUGGCUUCCCCAGCAUCCCUUGCGAGUUAUAUUGCAAAUAUCACACACAUUUUGUCAUUUGGGGGAGGCGGGUAUGCUUAAGGCCCACCGGUGAAUGGUGAAAUAGAGAUUCUUAACACAAACACAAACCAACAGGAGGUCAUCAAACCUCCCUCACUUACUUACGGCACAACCAAAAAUAAUCCUACAGGUGGAACUGCACCACACGGACGAGUAUGUGGGUAUUGAACGCUUACACAGUAUACAUGCAUAUUUAUAAGCUGCAAGUCAAGCUGGGUAUGUUCCCAUGUGUGCACGUGGGCUCCCCAGCAUGUCUUGCAGGUUAUAUUCAUGGCUCACACAAAUGUUGUCAUGGGCGGAGGGGAUGCUUCAAUCAUUGAGAGGCCCAUAAAAAUGGCACUUGUGACACUCUAACACAAACCAAAAGGGGGUCAUCAAACUAAACGCUUCUCUCACUCACGGUGCGACCAAAAAUAUACAAAUAAGUAACGUACGGAGCUGCACCACACAGACUAUGCAGGUACCGAACGUUUCUACACUAAUAUACAGUACAUGCAAAAAAAAAAUACUUUUAUACUAAUUUAUAACCCGCAGGUCAUGCUGAGUCACCGGCAAAGUGUGCACGUGUGCGCCCUAGCAUGUCUUGUGGGUUAUAACAGCCCACAAACCUUUGUCAACUUUGUCGUUGAGCUCCUUGUUAGAGAACAGCAAGUUGUGCCAAAAAAAUAUACAAAAUAAGUGGAACAUUGAACAAUUGGACGUUCAAAAAUUUGGAGGAAGUUAAAUUAAGAUCACCUAUAAAGAUGCUAGUGCAUUUUAAGUUCAUCCUGUUUUAAAAAUGAAAAAUGUUUCUUUCAGUAUGCGGACGUCUGCGGUCAAAAUUUGGACACCACUGGUCGACGUGCACUGUCAUUUAGAAGCGCUCUAAUCUUAAUGGCACUGCUUGUGUUUGACUUGUGAGUCAACAGUGACACACGGGUACAAAAACCAUAAAAUGAAGCGGGUUCGGGGUUUGUUUUUAUCGUAGUUUCUAUUCAGUUGGAGCUAUUUCCUGUUCGUACUUGCUUUGUCCUAAACAGCGCUAGCUAGCAGGCUCACUGUGAGUGACGGAAGCCACUUUUCAAUGUAUUCUUUGACUUUGUCUGAAUGCAUCUAACAUGCUUUUUCUUUCCUGCCUGCCUUUUGCUGCCUUACGCGUGUAUUACAACUUUUUAUAUUCCAGCUAGCCAUCACGUCCUUUUUAGCCUUAGUUGUCUGUCAUGUACCAUCACUUUUGUUGUGUGCGUCCUACUUUUUAGCCACAUAUUAAAAUGUACAGUUCUGUUAUUUAAAGAUAUGUCCACUAGUGUUACUACUUAUUUUGUAAUUGAUCCGAGUCUUUAUUUUUCCUCACAAGAUAUGAAACUGUUUGGGUUUAUAAUGUGUUUAGCGCUUACCCUUUUUGAUUUUAAUACAAACAAUAAAAGUCAUAAAUAACUGUGCUAUCGAGAUGUGGGUUGUGUUGUUCCAUUCUUUACCGUUAGAUGGCAGCAAAGGUACACGAGCGUUUUUUUUUUUGUCUAUUCAUAGGUGUGGGCGAUUCUGCUCAUUUUGGUAUCGAUGUGAUACCACGAAAUCCAGCGAUACCAAGUACCAUAACGG